AUGGCAGAGGUUGGCCCCACGCCUAAAGCAGCCGCUAGAGCCUGCCGCAACGCUAUAGAGUUCAACUCAAUCCCAUCAGUCAGCAGGCUUGUGCCAGGAGGCUACAACAACCUCAAACUGCAUGUGAAGAUUGGAUCACCACACCCGGAGCGUGUCGAUUUGGAGGAGUGCCGGAAGAUAUUUCCUUACGGUCAGGCAGUGAUCGAGGCUGUUGAAGGCGGAUUGUCAUGCGGAAGCGGCAUUGCAAUUGAUGAGCUAGGAGAUGUCACGGACGAGAUGGUGGUGGCCAUAGCAGCAGUGACAGUGGGCUUUGGGGAUGUGGAGAAGUCUGGCUAG